AUGCGCUCGCCCAGUCCCCAGAGAGUGGGAUUCGGAUUGGGAGUUUGCCAUCUUUUCGCGCAAAUGGGGUGCCUUGUCAAAACAAUCUCCAGAGUGGACAUGGAGCCGGCAGGACAAAGUUAUGACAUGGUUUCUGGAGAAUCACGCCGCAGCCUGGAAGCCGAUGCCGACAAGAGUGGUGCGGUCAAAGGAGGACGCUGUCCUCGCAAUCAACUCGUCAGCGGAGGGUAG